UAGUGUGUAUGCUUAUACCUCGUGUAAUUAUUAACUAAAUAAAUUUUAAUUGAAAAAAAAAAAAAAAAAAAUGGAUAAAUCAAAAAAACUCUGGAAAUUUAAAUUGAAAUAAUAAUUGUAUAACCUCACUUUUUAAAUGGUAGUUUAUGAACGCAGCCAAAACCAUUGAUGUCAAAAAAUAAAAAAAUAAAAUUUCUAUCGGUGAGAGAGAGAGAAAUAUUUAGUGGUUGUGUAUAUUUUUUUUUUUUCAACAAUAUUAUUAUUUUUGUUAGAAAAAUUAACAACACUUAUACAUCACAAUAAUAUUAAAUUGUGUCAUUCUAAAAAGUGUACAAAUGAAAAUUGAUAAACAAUAAAUAUUCAAUUAACAAAAAAAAAAAAACAAAAAAUGUGAAGUUUUUUUAUAAAUAAAUUUAAGAAAAAUUAUACCGGUUAAUUAAAAAUAAAUAUUAUCAAUAUUUAUUUAAAUAAAAUAGAUUUAUUAAUCAUAAUAUUAAUAAAAAUAACAAUAAUUAAAAUAAAUAAUCAAAAUAACAAUUUACAAAAAAAAGGAGAGAUAUAAUAGUUGAUAGUGGAAACAAUGGCAGCUCACAAGACAGGUGGGCAAAAUGCCCGAAAAAAAGUACAGGUAUCAAUGGUAAUACGUGAUGAAAUUGAAAAAAAACAUAGAGCUGGUGUUAAUUCACUUCAAUAUGAUCCAGCAUUAAAUCGUCUUUAUUCAGCUGGACGUGACAGUAUUAUUAGAAUAUGGAAUUGUAAAAAUAUAAAAGAACCAUUUAUACAAUCAAUUGAACAUCAUACAGAUUGGGUUAAUGAUAUUGUAUUAUGUUGUGGUGGUAAAAAUUUAAUAUCAGCAAGUUCUGAUACAACAGUUAAAGUAUGGAAUGCACAUAAAGGUUUUUGUAUGUCAACAUUGCGAACACAUAAAGAUUAUGUUAAAACAUUAGCAUAUGCCAAAGAUAGAGAACAAGUUGCAAGUGCUGGUUUAGAUAGACAAAUUUUUUUAUGGGAUGUUAAUACAUUAACAGCAUUAACAGCAAGUAAUAAUACAGUAACAACAUCAUCACUAACUGGUAAUAAAGAUUCAAUAUAUAGUUUAGCUAUGAAUCCACAAGGUUCAGUUAUUGUUAGUGGUAGUACUGAAAAAGUAUUAAGAGUAUGGGAUCCACGUACAUGUAGUAAAUUAAUGAAAUUACGUGGACAUGCUGAUAAUAUUAAAGCACUUGUAUUAAAUCGUGAUGGUAGUCAAUGUUUAUCAGCAAGUUCAGAUGGUACUAUUAAAUUAUGGUCAUUAGCACAACAAAUGUGUAUGCAAACAUUUAGAGUACAUAAUGAAGGUGUAUGGUCAUUAUUAGCAACAGAUACAUUUAGUCAUGUUAUAUCAGCUGGACGUGAUAAACGUAUUAUUAUGACUGAGCUAAGAAAUCCAGAUAGACCAAUAUUAAUAUGUGAAGAAAAUGCACCAGUAUUAAAAAUGGUUAUGACACCAGAUCAAUCAAGUAUAUGGGUUGCAACAAGUGAAUCAACAAUUAAUAAUUGGUCAAUUAAUAUUAAAGAUUGGCAAUCAAAUGAUUAUUGUAUUGAUCCACCAAAUAAUAAUAAUAGUAAUAAUAUUAAUAAUAACAACAACAACAAUAAUAAUAAUAAUAGUAGUAGUAAUAGUGGUGGUAGUAAUUCUGGUGUUGGUAUUAUUAUGACACCACGUAAUACUGAACCAACACAAUCAAUAAUUGGUGGUCCAGCAAUAAGACAUCAUGUUAUAUUAAAUGAUAGAAGAUAUGUAUUAACAAAAGAUACUGAAGAUAAUGUAUCAUUAUAUGAUGUAUUAAAAGCAUGUAAAGUUGAAGAUCUUGGAAAAAUUGAUUUUGAACAAGAAAUUAAAAAAAGAAAUAAAAUUGUAUAUAUACCAAAUUGGUUUAAUGUUGAUCUUAAAACUGGUAUGUUAACAAUACAUUUAGGACAAGAUGAAAAUGAUUGUUUUUCAGCAUGGGUAUCAGCACGUGAUACUGGUAUUACUGAUAAUGAUAGUGCUGAUCAAAAAGUUAAUUAUGGUAAUUUAUUAUUACAAGCAUUACUUGAAAAUUGGUGGAAACCAAUGCAUGCUGAUGAUGAUAAUAAUGAUACAAAUAGUAAUGAUGGUAUUGGUGGUAUUGGUGGUGGUGGUGGUGGUAUAAAUGGACAAAAUAAUAAUAAAGAUGGUAAUACAUAUUUUUCAGUACCAGGACAUACACCAGUUAUAUUUAGUGAAGUUGGUGGUAAAACAUUAUAUAGAUUACUUGUACGUGAUGCAUCUGGUGAUACUGAACGUGCAUUAUUAAAUGAAACAGUACCAUCAUGGGUUGUUGAUAUUGUUGUUGAUAAAAAUUUACCAAAAUUUAUUAAAAUACCAUUUCAUUUAUCACCACAUCCAUCAUCAGGAUUUAAAAAUUGUAAAAAAGACAGAUUAAUUGCAAAUGAUUUUAUACAAGUACGUAAAGUUGUUGAGCAUGUUUAUGAUAAAGUAUUGGGAGCUGGUAGUGAUUCUGGUUCAGUUGCUGGUGGUGCUGGUGGUGGUGGUAGUAGUAGUGGUGGAGGAGGUGGUGGUAAUACUGUAUCUGGUGGUUCACCAGCUGGUGAUCGUGCUAAUACUGAUUCAAAUGCUGAUAAUGCAUCACUUGCUGAAGAAAAAGUUGAGCUACUUUGUAAUGAUCAAGUACUUGAUCCAUCAAUGGAUCUUAGAACGGUCAAACAUUUUAUCUGGAAAAAUUCAGCAGAUUUAACACUUUAUUAUAGACCUGUUAAAUAGUUGGGAUCACGAUUAACACUUGGUGGUCAUCUUAAAUGUGCCUGGUUUUGUACUGUGGCCAAGUAAAUAAAUACAAAAUUAAAAAUUGUUAAUAUAUCGACGAUACACAACGUGAAUUAAACGACGUUAAUUUAUCAACUAAAUUACACGUCUCCAAUGUUGCCAAAAAAAAAAAAAAGAAAAAGAAGAAAUUUUUUU